GUGGUUCUUUGCCUCUUUUAAAACUGCUCGAUGAAAGAGAAGGACAUAGGUCAAUUAUCUAUUAUUAUUAAAAAGCCAGUCUUUCGUGAGAGGUUCCUGCAGUAGAGACAUUUUGGCAGCCACAGAAGUUCCCUUGGAGAACUGUGAAGUCUGAAACAGAAGAGGGGGAACUGCCUCUCCGAUGCACCAGCAGUGACUGGCUGAACAGGCUCACUCGGUGAACAAGCUUGUCAGUGGGAGGUAACCUCAAUGAAGACCCCCUCGUGUACUAAUCAAUUCAGUGUCCAUCUAUUGCUGCGGGGUUUUUUUUCGGAGGGAUGUACGUAAAUGAAGAACGUACUGAGGUAUUGUAAAGCACACGGAUGUGCACAGCCUGCCUGCGCGCAUUGGAACGAAAUCACCUGUGAACACAAGCAGCUAAAUACAGCCUGCAUCGACAGAAGAGGAGGUGACAGGACUCGGACGACCAGAAAUCUGUGGAUGAUAACCCUUCAAACCCAUUUUACCCUCCGUGUGUGUGUCUCAUUGAUGGUUCCGCGAGACUCGAAUCGGUGAAAAGCGUACGUGGAUGGACCGAGGGCGCAGAAGUGAUGUCUACCUUUGGUGAACUAUAACUCCCGUCCAGACAGUCUAAAAACGCGGAUCGGCGCGAAAACAUGUGGGAAUAAAGCCAAACGAAACGACUGUUUGCAUUAAGGAUUGCUGCCUUAUCGCCUGGCGGUGUUUUAAAGGCUUGUUGAGGAUAUCUGCUGGAUUUUAUUUCGGAUGUGGCAUAUUUUCCUCUUAAAAUGGAGACCCUGAAGCUGAAAAAAGAGAUUUUCAUCUAUUUUUGCAACUUUUCGAAUCCCCCGACGUAUAGGAUGCCAGUUAAAUCGCUCAGUUGCGGGACUGUUUUCAUCGAGACAACCAGGAGGGAAGAUAAAAAAUAAGCGUCUUGGAAUCCGCACUGGGUUGUGAGGUGAAAUCUAAUCAGAUUCAGCAGCCUUGAUGACUAAGACAAGAGACUUGGAGGAAAGUUAAAUUUGGAAAAGAAAGCGAAUGGGACUUUAAAAUAACCCCACUGCUGCCCCUCUAUGUAUGGAUGAUGGUCUACUUCAAUCUGCAGUGUGCUUACGGGGUUUUCAGGAUGGAUCCACCUGGAAAUUGACCACAGGAGGUUCUCUUCGCCUUUGUGGAGAGGCUUCUUUUGAACAUUUCAUUUAGAUUUUAAAGAAGGAAAAAAAAAACAGUGUUGCUUCACAUUGACCUAUAACUCUUUGAGAAAAUCUAGAUCCCCAGUGGGUGUCUCUUUGCAUCGGGAGAGUUAAUUCAACAAUGGCACUUGUAGGCGCCUUCGUAUUCUGUGUAUCCCGAAGAAAGGAGGAAAUAUCGGAUGUGUGGUAAUCGCUGUGAGAGUUGAAUCCAUUUCAUGCAGACUGAUUUGUGGAUUACAUACCACGUCGUUCUGAGAGCAGGAGCACAAUGUGUCUGAAAAGAAAAUAUCAUCAAUGCAAAAUCGCCUGAGAAUUGCGGAUGUUUUUUGGAUGCAGUUUUGUGGAGGGAGCGGAGCAGGGACCCGUCUCCGCCUGAAGCAAAGAUCCUGAAGACCUAGGCGUCUUUAUGAACAGGGACAGUGUUACGGUGGAUUGGAAGUUAACAUGAGGAUGACAGGAACCUUUUGGAAGUGUGAUUGAAUUGGCAGUGAGCCAGAAUCCUCUUUCCAAAGAGUGAAAGACCAGCCAAUGAAUUAUGAAUGUUAAACAAGAUGACCUCCUCUCAGCAGCAGCAGAUGAUGCGAGGUCCUAGGUGGAACCGGGCCUUGUCCGACCCUUUGUUUGUGCUGCUCCUGGCCCUACAGCUGCUCGUGGUGGCAGGGCUGGUACGUGCUCAGACGUGCCCCUCCGUCUGCUCCUGCAGCAACCAGUUCAGCAAAGUCAUCUGCACCAGACGAGGCCUACGGGAAGUCCCUGAUGGCAUCUCAACCAACACACGCUACCUGAACCUACAAGAAAAUCUUAUCCAGGUCAUAAAGGUGGACAGCUUCAAGCACCUAAGACAUUUGGAGAUUUUGCAGCUGAGCAAAAACCACAUACGCAAAAUUGAGCUGGGAGCUUUCAAUGGACUGGCUAGCCUCAACACCCUGGAGCUUUUUGAUAAUCGCCUCACUACUAUCCCAAAUGGGGCGUUUGAGUACCUGUCCAAACUAAAGGAGCUUUGGCUGAGGAAUAACCCCAUAGAGAGCAUUCCCUCCUAUGCUUUCAACAGAGUGACUUCAUUGCGGCGGUUGGACCUUGGGGAGCUCAAACGGCUCUCUUACAUCUCUGAGGGAGCAUUUGAAGGACUGAGCAAUCUGCGGUACUUAAAUCUGGGAAUGUGCAAUCUGAAGGAAAUUCCUAACCUUAUUCCCCUGGUGAAGCUGGAUGAGCUGGAGAUGUCGGGUAACCAGCUAUCUGUCAUCCGACCUGGCUCCUUCAAAGGGCUUAUCCAUUUGCAAAAGCUAUGGAUGAUGCAUGCCCAGAUCCAGACCAUAGAAAGAAACUCUUUUGAUGACCUGCAGUCGCUAGUGGAGCUCAAUCUAGCCCAUAACAACCUUACCCUCUUGCCCCAUGAUCUCUUCACCCCUUUACACCGUCUGGAGAGGGUGCACUUGCACCACAACCCAUGGAAUUGUAACUGUGACAUUCUUUGGUUAAGCUGGUGGCUUAAGGAGAUGGUACCUGCAAACACCAGCUGCUGUGCCCGCUGCAGCUCACCGUCCCACCACAAGGGACGAUACAUCGGUGAACUGGACCAGAACUACUUUCACUGUUAUGCUCCUGUUAUUGUGGAGCCUCCCACGAAUCUAAAUGUGACAGAGGGAAGCGCUGCAGAGUUGAGAUGCAGAGCAAGCUCCUUGACCUCUGUAAGCUGGAUUACACCCAAUGGUUCCAUCAUGACACACGGUGCAUACAAGAUCAGAAUCUCUGUGCUGAACGAUGGCACUCUGAACUUCACCAAUGUUACCAUGCAGGACACUGGCAUAUAUACAUGUAUGGUCAGUAAUUCUGCUGGUAACACAACAGCAUCAGCCACGCUCAAUGUGUCGUCUACAGAGAACAGCAGCUUCAGCUACUUCACCACCGUCACAGUGGAGACCAUAGAGACGCCGCAUAAUGAAGGCUAUACCACAGCCGUGCAACAGAAGGUGGGCCCCACUCCCUCUGUUGAUACAUGGGACUCUGUUUCACCCACUUCUACAACCACUACUACCACGGUCCGGACCCCACUUUCCACUCGUGCCACAGAGAAGACUUACACAAUCCCUGUGACGGAGCUUGGUGGGGAGGGCUCACUGAACGGCUUGGAUGAGGUAAUGAAGACGACUAAGAUCAUCAUUGGCUGCUUUGUUGCGAUCACACUCAUGGCAGCUGUCAUGCUGAUAAUCUUCUACAAGAUGCGCAAACAGCACCACCAGCAAAACCAUCAUGCACCCACACGCACUAUCGAGAUCAUCAAUGUGGAUGAGGACUGUGUAACAGGAGGCCCGGGCAUGGAGGGACACCUGACACUGCCUCCACUUGAGCACGAGCACCUCAACCACUAUAACACUUACAAGACUGCAUACAACCAUGCAACUCUCAACUCCAUACACAGCUCAGUGCACGAACCUUUGUUAAUUCGGGCCAGUUCAAAAGACAACGUACAAGAGACCCAAAUCUAACACUUUUUUCAAAAUGAGACAUUCUAAAACUGAAGGAAUAACAUAAAGACAUUGGUGAACAGACUUAGAUGACUGUUUGUGAGGACUAUGGCCCAACAUGAAGGAACAGAAACAUGUGUUGGGCAAAUCAGUGGCUGGUGAUAUUUGUUCAAUGACUUUGGGAACUAGGGUAUGUCUACUGUUUCAAAAAGUGUCUUUACAAAACAGAAGUUAUUUAUUUAAGAAAAAAAAACUAUUGUGGUUAAAUCAAGAAAAAACUGUAUUCUGCAUUAUUUUUCCAGCACUUAAGUCAUUUUUCUUUUCUUUUUCCUCUUCUUUCACAGUAUUGGUUUACUAAUAUGCCUUCAAAGUCUUUGUGAAGACAUCUGUCGAAGAAAAAACUCCUGAAGCAAAUUAUUGUUAAUCUUUGGAAAUUGCAGACUUGGGAUCAGAUGAGAGAGUAACCUCAUUCUGCCCCAUGUCAAUCAAAGGAAUCUAGAGCACAUUAGUGAUUUUCUCCAGCUGUGGAUUAAGUGAUGAGAUCUUUUUGCUACCAUCUGUAACAGAGAUGAAUGAACGCAUGUUCAUAAUUUUACACAACUGUCAGUCAGUAGAUUUGAUCACAACUCACUCUUUAAUUAUAUCUGUCACAUACAUAUUAGACACUCCUGCUCUGUUUUCUAUAGACUGAGAAUCUUUAGUGAGGAUAAUAUGUCCUGCCUUUUGCUAUUGUUAGUAUCGAGGCUCACUAUGAGAAGAACAUUUAAGUUAAAAUUAAAUUCUGUUGAUUAACUAUGAAAGAAGCUCAUGUUUGUCUUUGUGUUUCUAGUGUAUAUGCAAAAAAAUCAACUCAUUUUCAUUUAAGUUACAAGUGAUUCUGAUACCCCCCGAACAUUUUAUUGAUUGCAUUUAGACUGAAUAGAGUUUAAAAUGAUACAGGAGCAGCGUUACAUUACAUUAUUCUUAUUGAAAUUGAGACAGAUAUAAAAAUCAGAAAGAAGGCUUGUGAAAAUUGUAGAUGUUAAAAGUGAUGAAAAAGCCCAGAAGCUCAAAAUGUUUCAAAUAUAUUAUGGCCUGACCUCUACCAUACAAUUCUUGGUACUGUUGCAUUCGAAGAUGAUAGCUUUGAAGCCACCUUUUCACAUAGAGAGUCCUUACCUCAUCUGCAGCACUGCAGGAUUGAGUGCUGUCAGAAUCCCACUGAUGGACUGAGAAAAGAGCGUUAACCCCUUUAUGCAGCUGUCUGAUCACAUCGCCUGUCAUCUGCCAUCCACAAUCUCACAUGGGCAUCAUCUGGCAGCCCCAUAUUAACACCCUGCUCCAGCCAACCACAGGACUUGGCCCUUAGCUGCAGGGCUUAGUCUGUGGGAGACUUUAGGGGUGAAUGUGUGGAAUCCGGCAUCAACCAGAUGUUUAGGAUGCACCUGCCUCUCUCCCUCUCCCUCAGCGACAUCACAAUUUCCAUUUUAAUUGAUGUGCCUGCAGGCUGUGGGUGGACACAGCUCUCCAGGCAGCCAUACCCUGGAAACCAUUUCAGAGUCCCCUCCAUGUAAGAAAAAACAGACAAAAAAAAAACAAAACACCAGGCAUCUGAUCAGAAGCAGAGGUUAGGCAGACAUUUGGUGGAUCCAACACUUAGGUCAAUUCUGG